AUGCCGCGGACGCGAGGCGAAGCAAGCAGUGGCGCUGAUGCGGAACGCGAUGCCAGUCAAGAUCAGGGGACACAGCCGCGAGACACUGCAUCUGGAGCGCAAACCGCUGAGUCUUCGACACAAUCUGCCGGCCAGAAGAGGAAAGUGACAUCCGAGAAUGAAGCAUCUGCGAAGCAACGCCGAACGAGCGAAAGACAGGGAGCAGCUACAUCGGUACGGGCCGAAAAGAAGGGAGAGCGACCAAAGGAAGAAGAGCCGGAACAGCGGAAACCCCGCCUCACGACGCCAGAUCUGGAAUAUGAAUACGAUCGAUCGAAGCUACGUGACCCGAGACCAACUCCGGGCCGCAAGGCACGUCCGCGCUGGGAGGACAGCCCUCUUACACCACAAGAGAUCAAAGACCGUAUCAACGAGAACUUCUACAUACCCAAACCCACGAAGCCCCCUGCACGUUUGAACACUGCUCUCAAGGAUGGAAUGUUCAGAGACGAAUGCCGCUUAAACCCCUUCAAAGGCUUUCAUGAUCUGUACAAAUGCCAUGACAAGGGGCGAGAGGGCUCACCUACCUACGAUGGAGGCGGCUUUGAGCUCGACUGGGAAAAAGUGGACCGUUGGAUGAAGCCGCAAGCGUACAACAAGAACAAGAUGGUGCGUGGCAUGGAGAAAGCAGUCGAACGGGCAAGGACUGAGGAGCAAAAGAUGUUUGAUCUGUUCUUCUUGGCCAAAUGGAACGAUGACGAGGGUGUUAGCUCCAUGGUGAAGGACUAUGUCAAAGACCAGGUGUCAAAAGAUAUCGGGGUGCCGUGGCAUCAAAUCGGCCCGGAGCAGGUGCAGCAAUGGCGUGACAGAGGCUUCCAGCCUGUCAACUUCUACAACUGGUGGGAAGAGCCCAACGAAGAGGAGAAGAAGAGAAUGAUGAACAUGAUGUCAGGAGCUAGUUUGAGAAAGGACUUGUAA